AUACGAACCGGCCGCGGCGCUGAGAAAGAGGAUAUCAACCAAGAAAAAUGGACAGGGGGUAAAUACAUUACCUGGGACACUUUUCGACGCUACGUGGCUUGGCGGUUGAGUAGUACAUUAUAUCAACAAGGAAGGAAUCGGAAUGUUCUUUCCAAACAACAACAACAACAACAACAAAAAGACGAAGUACCACAAGAGGAGCAUCAGAUCAAGUAUGUGC